UAUAAAUUGAGAUCUGGCUUCGCUUCUCUCGAGCAGUCAGCCACAGAAGUACCCUCCUCCAACACCUCAGCCUCCACGGGAUUGAGAAAAAGUGAAAUCCUUUUCCUAGGGCCUGAUUCAAGUCACUGGUGGCCAUGCAGCAGCCCUUAAAUUACCCGUAUCCCCAAAUCUACUGGGUGGACAGCAAUGCCAGCUCUCCCUGGGCCCCUCCAGGGUCAGUUCUCCCCUGCCCAUCAUCUGUACCCGGAAGGCCUGGUCAAAGACGACCACCACCACCGCCGCCACCACUGCCGCCGCCGCCACAGCUGCCUCCACUACCACCGCCACCGCUGAGGAAGAGGGACCACAACACAGGACUGUGUCUCCUCGUGAUGUUUUUCAUGGUGCUGGUGGCCUUGGUAGGACUGGGGUUGGGGAUGUUUCAGCUCUUCCACCUACAGAAGGAGCUGGCUGAACUCAGAGAGUCUACCAGCCAAAGGCAUAUGCCAUCAUCUUUGGGGAAGCAAAUAGGUCACCCCAGUUCACCUACUGAAAAAAGGGAGCUGAAAAUAGUAGCUCAUUUAACAGGCAAGCCCAACUCAAGGUCCAUCCCUCUGGAAUGGGAAGACACCUAUGGAAUUGCCCUGGUCUCUGGGGUGAAGUAUAAGAAGGGUGGUCUUAUGAUCAAUGACACUGGGCCGUACUUUGUGUAUUCCAAAGUAUAUUUCCGGGGCCAGUCCUGCAACAACAAGCCCCUGAACCACAAGGUCUACAUGAAGAACUCUAAGUAUCCUCAGGACUUGGUGCUGAUGGAGGAGAAGAUGAUGAACUACUGCACUACUGGCCAGAUGUGGGCCCGCAGCAGCUACCUGGGCGCGGUGUUCAAUCUCACCACUGCUGACUGUUUAUACGUCAAUGUAUCUGAGCUCCCUCUGGUCAAUUUUGAGGAAUCUAAGACAUUUUUUGGCUUAUAUAAGCUCUAGAAAAAGCACUUCGGGACUCUCUCCAUUUUGGUUUCUUGUUAUAGGCACUGAAAAUGUUGUCUUGAAUGAGGGCCUUCCUAAGCCCACUUGGAUUCAAGUGAGAAGACAUGAACCGAGAAGACCUUGAGACCACAGGGUCCACCAGGUCUGCAGUCUCUCAUCUCACCUAAAGUCUAUGAUAUGGACAAGAGGAGGAUUAUGGUUGAAGGACAUAAAACUCUGGGCUGCUAUGUGAAGACGUCAAGGCAAGGAGAAGCAGCCGCCAGAGUGGUUCUGCACACGUCCAAAGUGGCCAAGAACAUUUUGGCCCUUUGAAAAGGACACCUUUCAACUCACUUCUUGGAGUGGGUUUACUCACUACCUCAGGAGAAGCUGUCUUUCAAUGUGUGAAUAAGAGAUGGAAAUAAAGGAGGAAGCUUGGAAGAUAAAGAGACUAAAAGUGUUGCCUGAGCCACCAGGUGAUGCUAACAGAGAAGCAAGGGGGAUCUUUUGGGGACUCAGUCCAUUCCCUAAACAGCAUGUGUAUAUCCAGUGCAAUCAUAGGGUGUGUGUGUGUGCGUGUGUGUCUCUGUGUGUGUGUCUGUGUGUGUGAUGUGUAUCCAAUACCCCAAAGUCAGUAAAGUAAUAUGCUGCCCUUUAUUAUCCCAGGUAAAUUAACUCUUUUUGUCCUAUGUAUGUGUGGGUGUGUAUUACUAGAAGAGUCACACAAGUUGAGAGAAGUUGGAAAUUGUGAAGAACAUUUUAGGAAAAUAUGGUUGUGUUUGGUGGUAGAUUGUUAAAGUUUCUUGGCAGCCAACUCUAAUAGUCCUAAAAAAACUUUGUUUUCCUACAAUGUAACCAAUAUUUAUAUACAUUUUGUGCAUUUUUAUUGAAAAGAGUACAUGUAAUACAUGUAAUAAAUACUAUA